AUGAGUGAGAACCAAGCCAGUGCUGGAUCUCCGAAUGGAGAGAGUCUCAAGGAGAAGCUACUGCGAGGCUCAGUGCUUGCAGAUUCCAAUGCUCAAGAAGCUAUUCCAAUAUUGGAAGCAGUUCAAAAAGAUGUCGUCGCAGUGUCUCUUUUCUCCCAAAAUGAAACACUGGAAGAUGUUAGCACCAAGACCAUUCCAUUUCUCGCUUUGGAACAUCUGUUGGCUAUUGCUUAUACAAAUUUACCAGCUUCACCAGGGAAAAUAGUGGAACGAAAGAGCAAUAUACUCAAAUGUUGUGAUUUGUGGGCAGCCUUUCUGGGACGUUUGGAACGAUUAGAACAGUUGACAAAAGAGGAAGAAAAGGAGUUUCAUGAAUUGCUGGAAGAAACGGACAUAUCAAAGCCAAUGCCGGUACCGAACCGUGAUAUCAAAAUUGCCAAGUUCAAGGCGCAACAGGAAGCAAAAAAAGAAGCCCAACAGCUCAAGGCGCUGCGAGAACGACGUGGACGAAUGGGAAUGGCUGCUGACGAGGAAGUUGAUGGGCACGAUGAAGAAAGUUUGGAAAGAUCCAUCUUUCUCAAACAACUUGAGCUUCAGAAGAGUGAUGCUCUUGAACAAUGGGCUUCAUCGAAAAGAGAGUUGCCGAUGAUCGAAAUGAUGGUAAAGAUGGAGGAAGAACGGAAGCGAACACAGAAGCAUCAAGGAGGUCCACCAGUGCAGGACACGAGGCCGCCACCCAAUUCGGGCAAACCUCUGCAGCUUACCCAAGUCACCAAGAGUGCUACUGGUCAGCUGCAGUUCAAUAGAAGUGAAGUUCGAUCCAAGGUGUUUCAGCCAGGUUGGAAUCAACCCACAAUGAGUUUGGAAGAACUUGGUGAACGAGAGUAUCAUGAAGCAAUGGAAAGGGAGGAACGGUCGAAACUGGCAGAGGCUGAAAAUAUGAACAAGCCACGGAGGUAUAAGGAACUCGUUCGUGAUGGAAUGGAGGACAACAAGGAACUAGUGGACGCCAGUGCCAAAUUAGACAGGGAUUGGGAUGAUUGGAAGGAUCAAAAUCCAAGAGGUAGUGGAAACAAACACGCCAUGCGUGGGGAUAAAAACUUUUAG